AUGAGUUCCCUUGGGAUCUCAGGUUUCGCACACUUGUUCGGUGUCUUGGCCAUCAUCCUCUUGCUUGUUUGGUUGUUGCAUUACCGUGAGGGGAUUGACUUUGAUUCGGACAAUGGAUUUCGCGUCUUUAAUGUUCACCCUUUAAUGAUGUUCACGGGGUUUAUUUUCCUUGUUGGUGAAGCUGCAAUGGCAUUCGAAACGGUACCAGGCCUAAGGCAAACCAAGAAAUUCGUUCACAUGACACUGCAUUUGACUGCUAUAAUUCUUGGAAUUGUUGGUUUGUGUGCUGUUUUCAAGUUCCAUGAUAUGGCCCACAUUGUCAAUGUUUACAGCCUCCAUUCAUGGAUUGGCAUUGGCACCUUUUGCUUGUUUGGAUUGCAGUGGCUUUUUGGUUUCGUUACAUUCAUGAUCCCAGGACCUUCAGCUCCAACAAGGACUAGAAUGCUUCACAGAGCUUUUGGUAAAGCGUUGUUGUUUAUGGCAGUGUGUGCUGCAGAAACAGGAUUGAUGGAGAAGUCUAGUUUCUUAAAUUUGAAGCCACAUCAGAGAGAAUAUCAUUUGAUCAACUUCACGGGUCUUGCAAUUCUCUUGUUUGGAGUUUUUGUCGACUUUUCUAUUAAUUUCCGUAAUUUUGCCUGA